AUGAAGAAAGAAGAUUCCGGAAUAUAUAAGCCUCACUUGUUGAGCACGUUCGCUGCUUUCAUGAAGCUUGGAACCUAUGUUAUCAUAUCCCCUGCCGCUGAACUAGAGCGCUGGCGGCAUCAUGAUGAUGCCCAACAGUGGCUAGCUGGCGCUGUCCAUUGA